CAGACAUGGAACAUCUUUUCUUGUUUUUCUUGUACCUCUGUAGCAUGUUCAGCUCACAUUUUGCUGCCUAUGGUAGCGUGAUGAACAGGCAGAAUGACAGGCGCAAUCUAUUUGCAGAGAGAGGCUGCUGUAAAAGACAAAGCAAUUUUGUUUAUAUUGGACAAGAUAUCUCUGUUAGUCCAGUAAGUGUGGAUGUUGGACUGUGCAGGUCUCAUUGCGGUGUUCCCCAAAGAAUAAAUGCGUACAAUCAGGCAUUGCCUGGGCUUGCAAAGCAUUCUUCCAUGCUGGAUAUCCUGAAAAAUAAAAAGCUGCGUGAAAGGGUUCCAGACCCAAAUCCUUCUUCUGGAUCAGAACCUUCUUGUCCCCAAGAGUACACCUGUCAACCCACCAAAGUUGGGAUUGAAAGAGUCCUGUUAUUCCAGGGAAUCCAAGAAGUGGAGGUGAUAGAGGACUGCCAGUGCAGCCUGAUUCCAGAAGAUUGCAUCAGAAUGCCAUUUCUGAAGACAUUUUUUCCAGAUUCUCCCUUUGAAUCAACAGUGGAUGUAGGAAAGUGUUCCAGUCCUACAAAGACCACAGGACUCCUGUGUUCCCCAACUAAAUUUGACACUGUGGUUGUUGAAAGCCCAAAUGGAGCGGAAAUUGUGCAGACUGUGGAAAAUUGUGAAAUGAAAGAGAACUGUUACCGAAUCAGCUACCUGGAAUAUUACUAUGAAGUAGUGUACCAUUCUAAUGGCAGCAAAGAGGAGAGGGUAAAGGAAAUUGAUGUAGGAAGGUGCUUAGGAGGCUGUUCAUCAGGAAGCCAUUGUCUACUCAGGGAUUCCCGUAACAGAGAUCAUUGUAUAGUGUGGGCAGAAGGCUCGGGCAAUGGAUGUGUCCCUCAAGAUUACGAGACACACACAUUCAGGAGCAGGAAUGGACACAUACGUUCUGUGUUUGCAAUCAAGACCUGCAAGUGCCAAAUGUAGAGAAACAUUCUUUUUUUAUUUAGCAUUUUUCAAUCUAGUAGAUUUCUAUCUACUGAAAAAUAUGGAAUUGCUACAAUUAAACUAGUUACCUAAGCACUGUCAUCAAUGGUACUGAGCUGCAGAUUCUCUGCUACUUUUUGGUGAAGAAAAGGGCACUUUAAUUCUCUUUAAAAUGUGCCUACAUGUCUGGCACAAGGAUUAAAAUACCCCUACAUAAAUGGUUAUCAUUGCUUAGUGGUCAAUAAUGGCCUUUUAGGUUUUGAGGUUUUGGGGCUCAAAGACUAUCCUGUGCGAGGACAUAUUUUUUAUUGUGAGGUCUUGAACUCAAGCAACUAUAUCUUAUAUCUUCUAUAUAAUUUUACUGUAGUUGUACUUGAGAAGUUCCAGAGGAGUUUAAAAAGAACAUUACCAAAGCACCAUUUGUACAUAGACACUUGGGCAUAGAAAUACAACUCAUCAAUUGAUUGAAUCUGGAAGUUUGUAUUUGACUUAAUACAAAAUGCUUCAAAACAGAUUUUUCCAAAAUACAAAAUCUGUACCAGUACCAUUUUAAAUCUGAGCACAAACAUCAAACAGCAUUGUCUGAGAAUUUCUAAGAUUCCUAUUGUCCAGUUCUACUAGGGCUCUGGCACAAAUGAUAUUCCAAAACCAGCAUUCCAGUCUUUUCCCUUUCUGUCAUUCCUUGUGACAUUGUGAGCACCCGGUUCUCCCAACAAAUCGAAUAUGUUGCAAACUAAAAGCACAUUUAGCUGAAUCCCAAAUGAUAUUCUGCAUUCAAUGCAGCCCAUUUAAAAAGAAAAAAAGUAUUUUUGUCUUUUGUAUAAAGCUAUACUAUAGAAAUAUAUACUGUAAAACAAAUAGUUGUACAUUUGUAUAUAUUAUUGUAUAUAAGAUUUGUAUAUACUGUACAUGCAACCAAUUGAAAUGUUUUUAUUAAAUUCCAAUAUUUAUAUAGAUGACUGAAUACCAUAUAAAAGCAUGUAAAUAAAUAUAUGUUGUCAAGAUUUUUGCAAAUAAAAUUGAUGUCACAGUUA